CCGCGAAGAAUAAAGCUGGUUGACUCCGGAAGCGUUUCCUUCCAGGCUAAGUCCAUCUUCCGGCCUGGGCUGCCAUUGCCGCGGAAGCCUCAAAGCCAGUUUUGCUAGUCGAUCGUGACCAUGGCUGCUGAGUCUGAUGUUCUACACUUCCAGUUUGAACAGCAAGGAGAUGUGGUCCUACAGAAAAUGAAUCUCUUGAGACAGCAGAAUUUAUUUUGUGAUGUAUCCAUUUAUAUUAACGAUACUGAGUUCCAGGGGCACAAGGUGAUUUUGGCUGCUUGCUCCACUUUCAUGAGAGAUCAGUUUUUACUCACACAGUCAAAACAUGUCAGAAUCACCAUUCUACAGAGUGCAGAAGUAGGCUGGAAGUUGCUGUUGUCCUGCUAUACUGGAGCACUUGAAGUAAAAAGAAAAGAGCUUUUGAAAUACUUGACUGCUGCCAGUUACCUUCAGAUGGUUCACAUUGUAGAAAAAUGCACAGAAGCUUUGUCAAAGUAUUUGGAAAUUGACCUUUCUAUGAAAAAUAACCAACACACUGACUUGUGUCAGUCUUCAGAUACAGAUGUUAAGAAUGAAGAAGAAAAUUCUGAUAAAGACUGUGAGAUCAUUGAAAUUUCAGAAGAUAGUCCUGUAAACCUAGAUUUCCAUGUCAAAGAGGAGGAAAGCAAUGCAUUACAAUCUGCUGCAGAGACACUGACAUCAGAGCGGAUGAGAAUGCAGUCACCGGAGCUCUCUGCAGUAGAUGGUGGCUUUAAAGAGAAUGAAAUUUGUAUCCUCCAUGUAGAAUCCAUUAGUACAGAUGAUGUAGAAAAUGGGCAGUUUUCACAGCCUUGUACCUCAUCCAAAGCAGGCAUAUAUUUCCCUGAAACACAGCAUUCAUUGAUCAAUUCUACAGUUGAGAACAGAGUGACAGAAGUUCCUGGAAAUACAAAUCAGGGGUUAUUUUCUGAGAAUUCUGAUGGAAGUCAUGGUACGGUAAAUGAGAUCCAGAAUCUGGAUGAGAAUUUUUCCUUGAGGCAUCAGUGCCCCAGGUGUCCAAGGGGAUUUCUUCAUGUAGAAAACUAUCUGCGACACCUUAAGAUGCAUAAACUCUUUUUGUGCUUGCAGUGUGGGAAAACAUUUACACAGAAGAAAAAUCUUAAUCGGCAUAUUCGAGGACACAUGGGUAUAAGGCCCUUUCAGUGUACUGUGUGUUUAAAGACCUUUACUGCUAAAAGCACACUUCAGGACCACUUGAACAUACACAGUGGGGAUCGGCCAUAUAAAUGCCAUUGUUGUGAUAUGGAUUUCAAACACAAAUCUGCUCUCAAAAAGCACUUAACCUCUGUUCAUGGCAGGAGCAGUGGUGAAAAAUUAUCUAGGCCUGAUCUCAAACGGCAGAAUCUACUGUAAUCAAAUCAAUGACUUUUUUAGACACAUUUUAUAAAAAUGCAGCACAUGUAGUGUUGCCCCCCACCCAAUCUGUAUCAUUUAUUUUUGUUCUUACAUGUUAUUCAUUCUGAACUUCUAAUAAUUCCAAAGUUGGUGGUGUGAUUAAGUUUAUGAGAUUCUACAUUGUCUCAAACAUUAUGUAUUAGUCCUCUGUUCAGGAGUAAUUGCAGAUUCUGAUUUGUAGUUUUUAGAUAAGUGAUUUAUUGUUGACCUAUAUAGAAUUUUAAGGAAGUAAGAUGGCAAGAAAAUAGAUUUGAAAGCAUAGUGUUGCACAUCGCUAUUAAUAUUGAAAGCAGAUAGGACUAGCAGUUUUUUUUUUUUUUAAUUUAACCAGUGUUCUUGAUUUAUAACCAGAACACCAAGGUACUGUCUUAAAACUAAAGGAGCACAAUUCAAAUUCACAUGGGGCCAGCAAAAUGUCUUUAGAAAUACAUUACUUAAAUGUCCAAAAGAAUAUGUGAUUAGACCCUUUUCCUGAUUAUAUAUAUUGUAGCCUCCCUCAGCCUUGAAGCAGGCUGAUCCAGACUUUGACCUUGCUGCCACUAAGAAGGAGAGGCUAGAGCCUUCUGACCUUGAUGGCUCUAUUUGCUCUUCUCCAAGACUGCUUCCUGCUGAAAGGUCUUUGAGACCGUCCGACCUGUAGAUCACCUACUGGCUGGCUCCAGGCACCAAGAAUGGGCUGGCAGGGAAUGGGCCUACCCUCUUUAUAAGCAUGGACUCUCAGUAAACUUCAGAGGCUUUGAACAGAAAGGUUUGUCUUGGCCUAGUUCUUUUCUUGCCUCUGGUCUCUUUCAGCCCCAGCACGCCUUUCAGGGGAACCCAGUUCUCGUUCAGCAGGCGGCUACAAUAUAUAACAUGGUUGGAUUAAGAACUCUGGCCAAUGCAAGUAUUUUCUUAAAUUGACAAUUUUCUUAGAUUGGCAAGUUACUUUUCUUAAAUAGUCCACUUUCAUCAAAGACAUUGUUACACUGUUUACUUAGGGUUUCUUUUGGUGUUUGUUUUGGUUUACAUGCACUAAAAUUGACCUCUGUGGAAUUACAUUUCUACGAAUUUAGUACAUAUCUAAUUGUCUGCAAUUGGGACACAGAAUAGUUCCACCAGCUUCCAAAAUUCCCUUAUGCUGCUCUUUUGUAGUCCACCCUUUCUAACUCUAAAUUCUACUAAGAGUUCUUCAUUAAUAUAAUUUGUUCUAAUCUGAGGUGAUAAUAAAACUGGAAUCUUAUGUUCCCUUUUGAUAUUUUUUAACCCCACAUAGUGCCAUUGAGCUCGAUUUAUAUUUGUGAAUAUUUGUGUAUAUUAUCAAGUCAUUAAGUUUUCAUAUCUCUUAUUUUACUUUUGGCAUGAUUUGUGCAGCUCGGGCUGGCCUCGAGUUUGCCUUGAUUCUUGAGCACUGAGAUUAUGUCUUUGUUUUGAAUUGCCUCUGUAUGCAUUUUCUUUUCGAGCAGUCAUCAGGUGAAUAGUUUUAAUUUUUAAAAGCUACUAGAAUUAGUUAUAAUGUCUCAUUAUAUGUAUGAAUAUCUGUACAUUCAAUUUUUUUGUCCUUACAAUGAAGAGCAAAAUUUACUGCCAGGCAAAUCACCUUCUCUGACCACAAGAAGUCACUUUCAAACUGUCCUAUUUCUCUACAUAACUCAGCUCUGUGUAGAGUUUCUACAGUAUUUAAGUUUUAUUGACUCUUUUCUAUAUUUUAACAUGUAAAAUACUUUGUACUAUAUAAGAGGUUUGUGAAAAUUAUGUGGUAUUAUAUAUAAUUUUUGUGAUACUUUUGUGGGAAUAAUGCUCUACAUUGAAUUUUUAACUCUGGGAGAGACUUUAAAGAAUAUAAGUCUCAAAGUCACUUCAUAAACCAAGUCACUAAUUAAUCACAUUAAGCAGGUCACCUGUCCUUCAACAUUCUUUUUGUUUUUUUUUGUUUUUUUUUGUUUUUUUUUUGUUUUCGAGACAGGGUUUCUCUGUAUAGCCCUGGCUGUCCUGGAACUCACUCUGUAGACCAGGCUGGCCUCGAACUCAGAAAUCCGCCUGCCUCUGUCCCCUGAGUGCUGGGAUUAAAGGUGUGUGCCACCAUGCCCCGCAACUUUUCUUAAUUUUAUAUAAAAUAACUUUGAUCUUCCUAAUUUGUAGAGUUAUUUCUAAGUAAAUUUCUACAAAUUUAUAUUCUUCAUGUGAACAGAGGAGACAUGUCUUUUCAAACACUGCUAUUUGCUAUUUGAGUACUCUCUUGGAAACAGAACUUUUUUAAAAGUAAACAUUUUGUUCCACUUUAUAAUGGAUUGGUUCAGUGGCUAAUUUCCUUUCGCACAUAACUUAAGAAUGGCCAGUUAUAGUUGUGAGCGUAUUCCCCUCAGAGAAACAGUUUGUGACUGAAGUGCUUCUCUUAUUUUUGCUUCCUGAAUUGAUUUUUGGAAGGGAGGGUUAGGGAUGGGUGGAGUAAACAGUGAGUUCUUGGGGGAAGUGGUAUGUACUAUACUGGGUGUUCAGAACAUUUUGAAUGUGUUUUAAGUUUUAUUCGUGCCUUGUAAGAUUGUUGUAAAAUCAAAAUUUGUGAGCACUUUGAAAGUUUUGCUUGUGGGGAGGGUGUUUUAUAAUGUGGUUGUUAUUUAUAUUAUUUAUUUCCAUUACGUGGACAAAUUGAUCCUAGGAGCUGGGCAAAGUGCACAUGCCUAUAAUUCUAGCACUUGGGAGAUAGAGGCAAGAGAUUCAGUUCAGGGCCAGCCUUUCUUAUAUAUAGCUAAGUUUUAGGCCAGCCUCAUAUACAGGAGACAUUGUUUUAAGGAAAACAAAAUAAAAAAGUAAAACAAAACAAAAACAUUCCUGGGAGAGCAUCCGCUUGCAUGACAUUUCUGAAAAAUUCAGCAAAGUAGAAUCUGUAAAGAUAUGAAGGUAUGACAAAGUAAAGUGUAGCAUUUAUUCAUUUUAAAUACUUUUAGCUGUUUGUUUAUGUCAGAAAAAGCAGUAUAUUUGGGUUGAACCUAGUAUGUACUGCAUUUAAAUGUGUAAAAGAUCUUGAAAAGGUUGUUACUUUGUUGUAGAGAAAAUCCUUUCCUCUUUUCAUUGGAUGUAAUUAUGUUUGUAUGAAACAAUAAACCGGAGGUGGGAAUGGAGAA